AAGCGUUACGUCCACCAAGUCACCGCAACACCCAAACCCACCACGCACCCGCCCAGCAAACGACGCAAUGCGGUGGCUACAAUUCCUCACUGCCUCGCUGCUCCCCUUCACAGCUCUAGCAGCCAAGAAACCUACCGGCGACCGCUUCAAUGACGCCCGCGCCAAGGCUCUCUCGCAAGGCCAGCCCAUCAAGCUCGACGACGUCAGCUACUCGAAACUAACAAAAGCCCCGCGCGACUACGGCGUCACGGUUCUGUUGACGGCAUUGGAAACGAGGUUCGGAUGUACGCUCUGUCGCGAAUUUCAGCCAGAGUGGAAUCUGCUAGGCAAGAGCUGGUUGAAGGGUGAUAAAGAUGGUCAGACGAGGACAGUGUUUGGGACUUUGGAUUUUGUGGAUGGGAAAGCUACUUUCCAAUCGCUGAUGCUCCAAACCGCACCCGUCAUCCUGUACUUCCCCCCCACCCUCGGCCCCAACGCAAAACCCGACGCCCAACCCGUCCGCUUCGACUUCACCGCCGGCCCGCAAACCGCCGAACAAAUUCACGCUUGGGUCGCGCGCCAGGUCAAAACUGAUGCUCCCAUCCCUUCCGUGUCCCGCCCUAUCAACUGGGUCAAGAUCAUCACCGUGACUGUCAGCGUGCUCGGCGGCAUCACCGCUAUCGCGGUUGCCUCGCCUUACAUCGUGCCUAUUCUGCAGAACCGCAACCUCUGGGCUGCCAUCAGUCUCAUCCUCGUCUUGCUCUUUACUAGCGGCCACAUGUUCAACCACAUCAGGAAGACGCCGUACGUGUCUGGAGACGGCAAGGGCGGUCUCAGCUACUUUGCUGGCGGCUUCAGCAGCCAGUAUGGUCUUGAGUCGCAGAUUGUGGCUGCUAUUUAUGGUGUCCUUUCUUUUGCGGCAAUCUCUUUGGCGCUCAAGGUGCCCCGCAUCAAGGACCCCCGCGCUCAGUCUUUUGCCGUCUUCUUAUGGAGUGGCGUGCUGUUCGGUAUGUACAGCUUCUUGCUCAGCGUCUUCCGCAUCAAGAACGGUGGAUAUCCCUUCUGGCUACCUCCGUUCUAGAGGGUAGGUGGACAAUAGUGUUUCGUAGACUUGCUGGGCUAUCUAGCUUUAGGCAGUAAGCGAGAGUUUGGAAGAAAGGCAUUCGAGCUCACGGCUUGAGCUGGGUGUAACCCUGUAUCAACAAUACAUUUACUCAAACGGGCGUUUCAAUGGACAGACCUAGAGAGUAAGAAGCUGGAUUUGGUGCUCAAAUUCAACAUUUUUGGUUUUGUGGUGCCGGUUUUUUUUUCUGCAAAGAGCUAUCAAAGUACCACCCAAAAUGUUCUGAUCAAAGUGAAAACUCCUCAUUAGAGAAAAA